CUAACGUCUCCUACUUCGACUUCCCUCCGAGCUUCUCUCUCCACCAACUUCCUCUCUCCCUUUCCCGCCGUGGCAGCGUCGCCGGAGAUUUCUUCGGAUUCAAGCUACGACCCGACGCUCUCAACCCAGCCUCUCUCUCCCGGUCCAAGCCCAGACGUGGAGUCGUCACCAUGGUUAUUCCGUUUUCGAGGGGAAGUGCAUGGGAGCAACCUCCACCGGAUUUGGCAUCGUAUUUAUACAAGAAUCGGAUUGUUUACUUGGGAAUGUCGCUGGUUCCUUCUGUCACAGAGUUGAUACUGGCUGAGUAUCUUUACCUUCAAUAUGAAGAUGAGCAGAAGCCUAUUUACUUGUACAUAAACUCCACUGGAACAACCAAGGGUGGUGAGAAGCUAGGUUAUGAGACUGAGGCCUUUGCAAUUUAUGAUGUUAUGGGGUAUGUUAAGCCUCCUAUUUUUACUCUCUGUGUUGGAAAUGCAUGGGGUGAAGCUGCAUUUCUUUUAGCUGCUGGUGCAACAGGAAAUCGUUCUGCUCUUCCUUCAUCUACAAUAAUGAUAAGACAGCCAAUUGCUAGAUUUCAAGGUCAGGCAACAGAUGUUGACCUUGCAAGAAAGGAAGUUAAGAAUGUGAAAACAGAGUUGGUAAGAAAAUAAUCUACUUAGUUAAGGAUUCUAAUUAUACACCAAACUUACAUUUGGAAACUCCAUGGUCCUGUCUAAACAGCUUUCGGUUUGAUUGCUAAACUUACAUUUAGAAAUUUACUCAUUAAAACGCCGC